UUUUUCAAAAAAAAAAAUAAAUAAAACAUGGCGACCACUAAAUUAACGCUGUCGAUAGCACUGAUAGUUGUGGGCACCUGUAUCUCCUUGUCAUCGGUCGACGGCCUGCUAAACGAUUUGCUAAAAGCACAGAAAAAACUGCCAAAAUUAGGCCAACUGUCCAACAAAGUAGCCAAAGUAGCCAAAGGCGGCGCCGGCGGCAAAACAAGCGCACUGACCGAUGUAGCACUGGAUACGGAUAGUGAGGUGAAAAAAGCGGCCAACGUUGCCGACGUACCCGACGUGGCCGACAACGAGGACAUACGCAAGGCUGCGAUGGACACGGUUAGCGAUUUGGCCGUAAAGGGAGCUAAACAAAAGACCGACAAAUUGUUGGCCAAACUGAAGAAAAAAACGGUAGCCGAAGGAGAAACAGAAGAAUCCACUGAAGAAUCGAAAGAAGAAGAAGCAGAAGAAACCAAAUCAACUGAAGACAAACCGAAGACAAAGUCGUCAAAGGCUAAGACAUCGAAGAAUAAGAAUAAGAAGAAGAAGUCGACUAAGAAAUCAAAACAAAGGACUACUACUGAAGAGUCGGGCGAUGAUUGCGAAGAUAAGGCUAAAGAAGACAAAGAGGACAAAGAAGACAAAGAGGCGGAAAAAAAGGAUAAAAAACAAGAAGACAAAGAAGACAAAGAAAGCAAAUAAAUAAUUAAAUCAAAAUUAAAUCAAAAUUAAUUAAAAAUUAAUUAAAUUAUUAUUAUUAUUAUUAUA